CUCAGCUUGUUCCAGUAUUUUAAGUAAUCCAAUGUAUUUGAGCAUGUUUUUUCCUACGCGCCGAGCAAACUUGCAUCUGCUUCCACCUGAUGUCUUUGAGCCCUCUCCUUCCCCGUAACUCACUGCUGCAUCAUCUCCCCGUAGUCCCUCAAACACAGCAGCAGAUCCCCGCGGGCUGGCCAGGAGACAGACCUCCGCCUCUCGGAGCGACGGCAAUAAGAAACUUUGCAGCAAACGCUUGCGAUGCGUUUCCUCGCCCAAGAGACCUGCGUGUGCAUUCUUGGUCUUGUUUUUCUCUCCUUUGCACCCUCCAUUUGUGAUAAAAUGCAGCUAUUGAUAGGGUUAGGAGUAGAGUGGAGAAAAGUAAGGGAGAGGGAAAAUGUGACUGUAAGUAUUCGGAAGCAGAUAAACUCCAACAUGCCAGUCAGCAUGGGAGACAAUGUUUUCCCAAAGGGAAUAGGAGAACACGCAUCUUCCUUUUAUAUGGUACGAAGGGUUGGGUAUACAAAUACUCCGAUAUUUCUACCUCAGUUUUUAACAAAAGAUCAGGAAACCAUUUUGUUUGAAAGUGUUUUUUAGCUACAUAUAUUAUAGAAGAGUAUUUUGGCUAUGAACAUAGCCCCUUCACGUUUGGGUAUUAAGUCCUUUUAUUCUGUCAAAUUACUCACGAUUAUUUUACUAACAGCUCACAUGAGCAUAUCUCAUCUGCCAAAGUGGUUCAAACCCAGUUUUUUAAGCUUCCACUACCACCAUUAAUGAUUAUCCAGGCAAGAAAUCAUUGUUUUUCUUCAGCCAGAAAUGUUUUAGGAUGCUGCCAAGUCUUUUGGAGUAAUACACCAGGGCACGCUGGCAGCUGUUGGUUUCUCUCUCCUCCCACGAAUAUCCCUGACGGUGACAGUUCUCUGAGCGCAUGUCCAAGGGUUUGUUCUUUCAUAACUCCAAGUUGCCUUCAGUUGACACCGAUUUCAGGAUGAGCUCAGCCUGUACCACAUCCAGGAGUUGCUCAACACUUCUUGGUGUGAAGCCUACAGCAGAUUAGAAUUACAUGCAAAAAGCUUUUGGUGAUUUUAAAUGAUGAAGUUGUCAUUUCUUGGACAUUAAGGCUGCCCAAGCCAAUGAGAUCAUGCAGCCUGAUCUUCCUGUUGCGUUUCAUAACUGUCUUCCCCCAGUUUAAAGAUUUGAGUCGGUAUAUAUUUCAGCUCUCCAAAAUAAAUAGUGUAUCGUAGGCAGAAAGCAGGGGUGGUGUCAAUGCCUGUACAAGAACAGACCAGUCUGUGGGGUCUUUGCACCGCGUUUCAGGAGGCAAAGUACAGCGCGCGCUGCAGACGUGCCACAGUGGGAAGUGCACCAGCUAAGCACCGGAUACCACACCCGCGAUGCAUCAGAAGAAGGCAGAACAGUCCCUGGAAGCCAAUUUAGCAGGAGUAUCCUUACCCCCUCCAUGCAGAAACCUUGAAGCAUGAAAUAUUGGUUGUAAUCAUUGCCUCAAUGCUGAGCUGCAAGGAUUAGGAGUACGCUGAGGACGGUGCAAGUCUUUCCAGUAAUUAAAAGAAUUGUAGAUUCAGAGAUGAAGAGACUUCAGAGAAAUAUGAGCAUAUUCCAGCAAACAAAAAUUCUCUUGUGGAAGAAUGUGCUUAUCAAAUGGAGGAUGAAAAUGCAGAGCUUUCAGGAGUGGAUGCUGUCUCUGCUCUUUCUGCUUCUGAUAUUCAUAGUUAGUGUGUUCACCAUGGAUAUCCGUCAUCCGGAGGUGCCUUACACCUAUCUCGGACAACUCGACGAUCCUGCCUAUGAUGCUACCGGGGUUACUGUUGCUUAUACGCCCGUAACGGUGACCACAAGGCAGAUAAUGAAUAAGGUGGCCUUGGACUCUGUAAUGUUAGGUAUAAAAUUAGAGGCACUGGAAAGUGAGAGCGCCCUGGAGAAAGCAUGGAUUUCAAAUAACAAAAUUAUAGGAGUUGUAUUUAAAGACAACUUCUCCUAUCACCUCAGGUUUCCUGCUGGGAAUGUGAUUAUUCCAAAUGAGAACUUUGGAUACAUAGAUACCUGUUAUAAUUUCUCAUCACAGUACUGUCACAGCCCAAGGUAUUGGUACAAAGGUUUCCUGUCCCUGCAGUCCAGUAUUGAUGCUGCUAUUAUAGAGGGGGUGGUAAAUCAUUCCGUGUGGGAAGAAAUGAAAUCCAUUGCCGGUGUCCGUAUGAGAUCCCGGAGCGUCAUCUCCUCAAUUACUUUGGAGUACAGUUAUUUCAUGAUUACUAUAGUGAUGUGUUUCUCUUCAUUCAUGCAUUUUUUAUCAAUGAAUAUUGUAAGAGAAAAGAAGAAGCUCAAAGUACUGAUGAAGGUGAUGGGAUUACAAGAUAUUGCAUUUUGGCUCUCCUGGAGUUUGUUGUAUGCUGUCUAUGUGCUGGUCAUGUCCUGCCUGCUGACAGCCGUCACUGUGCAGGAUGCUUUCUACCUUAGCAGCUUCCCUGCAAUCGUACUGCUGUUUUUCCUGUAUGGCCUAGCAUGUGUCCACUUUGUUUUCCUGCUCUGCUCCCUCUUAAGGAGUUUUAAGCUCGCCGGCUCCAUGGGGUUCCUCUUCAUCUUUGUCUUUGGAUGUUUAAGCCUCGCAGUACUGGUAGAAAAUAUUCCCAAACCUGUCAAGUGGUUUCUCGAUCUCUUUUGUCCUUUUGCAUUUAAUGCUGGAAUCGCAAAGAUUUUCCAUUUAGAAAAAUAUGGAAUAGGUUUCUAUUUUUCUAACCUUAUGGAGGAGUCAUACUUUUUACUUUCAACUUACGUUAUGCUGAUCUUUGACUCUGUCUUGUAUCUGCUGUUAGCUCUCUACUUUGAUAAAGUUCUGCCUGGCAAAUACGGCAUCCCCGAUCCCCCUUUUUUCUGCCUGAAGCCCUCGUACUGGAUGAAGAGCAGGAGAGGCUCCACCGGAGAGAGGCCCCAGGCUGCCGCGAGCCCUGAGGAGCUGCUCAGUGAUGACGUAGAGCCAGUGCCCCCCGAAUUCAGGGGGAAGGAGGCCAUCAGACUCAACAAUAUUAAAAAAGUUUAUAAACAGAAAGAUAAGAAAACAGAAGCCUUAAGAGGUUUAUUUUUAAAUAUUUAUGAGGGCCAGAUCACUGCCUUGCUUGGCCACAGUGGGGCUGGAAAGACGACACUGUUAAAUGUGCUCAGCGGACUUACCUUACCUUCUGAAGGUUCUGCAAGCAUAUACAACUCCAAGCUAUCUGAAAUAGGAGACAGGGAAGAAAUUAGAGAGAUGAUUGGCAUUUGCCCACAAUUCAAUGUCCAGUUUGAAGUUUUAACAGUGAAAGAAAAUUUGCAGACUUUUGCUGAAAUCAAGGGCAUCAAGUCCAAAGAGGUAGAGCAUGAGGUACAAAAUAUUUUGGAAUUGCUGGAUAUCAGCAACAUUCAAGACACUCAAGCUGAGAAGCUGAGUGGUGGACAAAAACGAAAGUUAUCCAUUGGAAUAGCCAUGCUUGGAAACCCCCAGGUUUUGUUACUGGAUGAGCCGACGGCUGGAUUGGAUCCCCUUUCCAGGCAUCAGGUGUGGAGCCUCCUCAAGGAAAACAGAAGUGAGCGAGUGAUUCUGUUCAGCACCCAGUUCAUGGACGAGGCCGAUAUCCUUGCAGAUCGCAAGGCUUUUAUCUCACAUGGGAGGCUAAAGUGUGUUGGUUCUUCUCUGUUCUUGAAGAAAAAAUGGGGGAUUGGCUAUCAUUUAAGGAUCCAUGUCAGUGAGUCUUGUGACUUAGAGAACGUGACAGCUCUGGUUAAACAGUACAUCCCAAAUGCCAUAUUCUCAGGACACAGUCAAUAUGAGCUGAGAUAUAAACUGCCAUUGGAAAAUGUGAACAAAUUCCCAGAUCUGUUCAGUGGUCUCGACAGUUGCUCUGACCAGGGAAUUAUCAAUUAUGGAGUUAACAUGACAACCCUGGAAGAUGUCUUCCUGAAACUGGAGGAAGAAACCACAGUUGAUCAAGAAGAUGACCAUGCUUCUGGUGAGGAGUGGGCAGAUGCAGGAACAAGGUCCCCGGAUGAGCUGGAGCAGGGUGCCCUGCUGCUCUCGGAUGUUGUAGAGGCAACUGUGAGUGACAUGGCUCUCUGGAGGCAGCAGGUCUGUGCCAUGGCACGAGUUCAUCUCUUAAAGCUUAAGGGUUCAUUGAAAAACCUCGGGUCAAUUUUGCUACUCUAUGUGGUUUUUCUGCUUCCUGUGGUUUUACAAAUGGCCAUGGUUGCUGCAUGGCAGAGUGUAAGUGCCUGGGAGCUGUCAUCUGCACAGUAUUUUCUUCCACUUGGCAAGAAGGCUCACUUGGAGACUACCACCCUGCUCAUCCUCAAUAAAACAGGAUCAGGCAUUGAAGACUUUAUCCACACUCUAGAGAGUCAAGAUCUAACAGUGGAAAUAAGAAGUGUGGAAAAUAUCACAGAGGAGCUAAAACAUAACGGGGCUAUAACAGUGUCUCGAGAAGGCCAGAACUACAGGUUUACUGUAUUAUGCCACAUGGAGGCCAUCAACUGUUUUCCAGUGCUUGUGAACAUCAUAAGCAAUGCUUUGCUGAGAACUUUCAAUUCUACUGCACAUAUUCGGAUUUGGAAUCAUCCAUUUUUCUCUGUAGAUAAUCCACGAUUCUGGGAUUAUUUUGUUUCUUUUUACCUCAUUUAUAUGCUGAUUUUAUUCCCUGGUUUUCCUGCUCACUUUGCAAUGGGCUACCUCCAGGAUUACAAGACAGGAGCUCGCUCCCAGUUGCGGGUUUCCGGGCUCUUGCCCUCAGCAUACUGGUGUGGCCAGGCACUGGUAGACAUCCCUCUGAGCUGGCUUCUUCUCUUCUCAAUGUUUGGGCUUCAGUUUGCAAUGAGUAGCAAGAUUUCUGGGAGCGGCAGCAGCCUUUUUUUGCUGGUUAUGACUAUUUUUGGCUAUGGAAUGUCUAUUGUUCUCUUCAUCUAUUUGAUCUCCUUCCUGUUUCGCAAAGGGUGGAACUGUGAUUUUUGGUCUUUUAUCCUAAUAGUGGUAGGUUUGGUUUCUUUUGUUAUCAGCAAAGUUAUAGAUUACUCACUGGAUCCUAGAACUUCCCUCUAUAUCAUGUCCGUCUUGUUUCCUAUGCAUCCACUACUGGGCUUUGUGGUCAACAGCCAGCAGAUUUUUAUAGAAGACUCUGAAAUAAUUGACGUGACUUCAAGGAAUGGUGUACUAAUAGCUGUCUUUGCACCUUAUAUCCAUUCUGUGGGUUUCAUUUUUCUACUUCGAUAUUUGGAGAUAAAAUAUGGAAGAGCAGUUCUGAGAAAGGACCCAAUAUUUAGGAUUUCCCCAAGAAAAGAGACCAGCCUCCAGAACCCUGAGGAGCUAGAAGAAGAAGAUGAUGAUGUUAAAGCUGAAAGAACAGCAGUGAGAAAUGCCAUAGCAUCUCCAAGUCAGGAGGAGAAAUCAGUUGUUAUUGUCAGCAAUCUGUGCAAGGAAUAUAAAAUAAAGAAAGCUGGUUCUGUUUUUAAGAAGAAGAAGAAAACGGCAACCAAAAAUAUAUCAUUCUGUGUUAAAAAAGGAGAAGUAUUAGGACUUCUGGGGCCCAAUGGAGCUGGUAAAAGCACAGCUAUCAAAAUGAUUACUGGAGAGACGACACUGACUGCUGGGCAGGUGCUGAUGCUGAGGAGAGACGGAGCAAGCUCCCAUCUUCAGGACCACGCACCAGAUUUCCUGGGGUAUUGCCCUCAGGAGGACCCACUCUGGCCAAACCUCACGGUUCAAGACCACCUGGAGGCCUAUGCUGCUGUGAAGGGAGUGAGGAAGGAGGAUACGGCUGCCGCUGUCAACCGAAUAGUGAACGCUCUGGAGCUUCAGGAGUAUGUAAAAAAAAUCGCCAGAAAAUUAUCUGUGGGGAUAACUAGAAAGCUGUGCUUUGCGUUGUGCAUGCUGGGUAACCCCACGAUCCUGCUCCUGGACGAGGUGUCGACCGGCAUGGACCCCAGCGGGGCACGCCGCGUCUGGAAAAUGAUUCGUGCUGCGCUGAAAAACAAGGAGCAAGGAGCAAUUCUGACAACACACUACAUGGAGGAGGCGGAGGCGGUGUGCGACCGGGUGGCCAUCAUGGUGUCCGGGCAGCUACGGUGCAUUGGCUCCAUUCAGUAUCUGAAGAACAAGUUCGGCAAAGGUUACCUACUGGAAAUUAAAGUCAAGGACCCAGAACACGCUGAUCUUCUGCAUGCUGAGAUUUUGAGGAUUUUCCCAAGCGCAGCCCGUCAGGAGCGGUUUCCAUCUUUGCUAGUCUACAAGGUCCCAAUGGAAGAUGCAUUGCCUCUGUCUCAGUCUUUCUCCAAGCUAGAGGAAGCCAAAAGAGCCUUCAACCUCGAGGAGUACAGCUUUUCCUUGAAUACUUUGGCUCAGGUGUUUUUGGAACUCUCCCGAGAGCAGGAGAAGGAUAAUUUUGAUCUAAGUUUGGAUGGAACUUUUGAAUGGAAACAACUUCAGCAGGAAGAGAGUUAAAGACCUGAGAUGCUCAUUUAUACAAUUAUUCUCUAUAAUCUAAAUGAUUUGAUACUGCACGUAUUUACUACCAUUAUCAGCAUAACGAGAAGAGGAACAGGCUCUCUUUCCAGAGAGUGCAAGCCGAGGGUUACUCUCCAGUUCAGAAGACUCUGCGGAUGUCUGUGUGGAGCCCUACUCCAUAUUUCCAGUGACUGACUGAUGAAAUAGUGCCCACACUAGUGAGAGCUGUUGUCAAGCAGAGCAGAUCUGACAGAGGCAUAGGAAGCAAAGGGACCAGAAAGAUGUGCAGAAAAAAGGGUCGUAACCUGUUUCUGGGAUCAAGGCUUUGUUUUGCAUGGUGGAUCUGGGCACAUCAGGGAAACUGGCCAUGCUGUCAGUCUUUUGGGCUCAUCUCCCACCAACUAACACAUGUGGAACUAUUUGCCUGAGACUUGUUUAAAUAUAUCUUAUUAAAAUUUACACUCUAUUUUUAUAUCCUACCAAUAAAUGUCUUUAUAGAAACUGUGA